AUGAGAGAGGUUCAACUUACACCAGAGGAGCUGGGUGCGCCUCCGGGGACGGUAUCAAACUACAUCAAUCCACCAGACCAGAUGACCGGCGUCAUCAUUCUUCAUACGACAUGUCUGACGAUCGUGACAUUGAGUCUAACGUUGCGCUUAUACACGAGAAAGUUCAUUGUUCGAAAGCUGGCGAUAGAUGAUUAUCUGUGUAUUCUCGCUUGGUGUCUAUCAGUUGUUUACUCCGGAUUAAACUUACGAGCCGUCGCGAACGGAAUGUCUCGUCACCAAUGGGACUUUGACCGACUGAAUAGCGCUUCAUCAUUCCAGCCAUUUACUCUCGGAAUCUGGAUCUACCUCAUCUACGCAGCGAUAGUGAAGCUAGCCUGUCUAUUCUUCUACAGAACCAUCUUCGUAACAAGCGGCAAGACAAACUUCUUUGUGAACCUCGGAAUCGUAGGCGUAUCCAUACUCUACAUAGCCAUGUUCUUGUUGCAAGUAAAUCAAUGCACACCAGUCGCCAGAGUAUGGGACUGGCAAGUACCAGGAACAUGCAGGAAAUCUGGGUUUGGAGCUUAUUCGUCUAGCGCCGUAAACGCGUUUACAGACAUUUACGUCUUGAUUGUUCCGAUUCCUGCUGUACUGGCUUUACCUUUGCGAGCGUGCAGGAAGUUUAGAGUCAUCUCGGUGUUCAGUUUGGGACUUUCGGCUUGUUCUAUCAGUAUCGUCAGGAUCUUUAUGAUAACCUCGAUUUACAAAACAAAAGAUUUCACUUGGACGAUCACCAAGGUGACUACAUGGUCCGUCAUUGAAAUCAACACCGGCCUUCUAUGCGCCUGCCUCCUCGUCCUUCCGGCCUUCCUAAAACGCCACUGGCCCCAAAACUACACCACCGGGACAUGUAAAGCAGGGAAUCCUCACGCCGAGGAUAUCUUCAUAACCGUAUCCACCGAAACGAAAUCUCGAAUGGAGACCGAGGAAUGGUCGCAACGAAACCGCUCAGACGGAGGAAGUCUUACGACGAAUUCUACUGGUCUCGAUAGCUUUGUGCAGGACGUGGAACCUACGCGAGAUGAGGCAGAGCCUACGCGGUUUAAUACUUCGAGACCGCUGUCGCCGGUGCAUUUGAGAUCCGAGCCGUAUACGGCGAGCAAUGAGAGUGAGACGUGGCAGGAAAGGAGGGAGAUGCCUAUGAGGGGGCCGAUGGGGGGACUGCCGUCUUGA